AUCACGUGGAGUGUUGUUGUUGAGGAGAAGAGCUCAAAAAGUGUGCAAGUGGGAUCUACAGCAGUUGAAAGCGGAUGAAAACUGCUGUUUUCAGAAAUCAAAUUGCUUUCCUGGUUAAAAGGAGCUGCCGAAAGAAGAAGUUGUUUUAGACAAGAGUCAUUAGACUUCUUCUGAUCACAACAACACAAUGAGCCUAGCGAAACUGAAGAUAUCGAUACCAUGCAUUAACUGUUUAUCAAGGGAAAAUUUGUUCGAAUCAUGCAGCAAAUUAAGGAAUGUUAGAUUAAUUUCUAUGAACCAUCAACAGUUUGGUCAACAAAGAUCCCAAAGAACGUGUUUUCGACUUUAUCAUAACAAACUUAGUCCGAGUAAACCUAUGAUUAAACUAUGGAAAAAUGCAAGUCAAUGUGUUCCAGUUAAUAAACUGUCAUUUGAGAAAAACUAUUUACCUCCAGAAAGUGGUAUUCUUGUCAGGAAAUCCACGCAUAUCAUUGAUUAUUUACGGAAUAAAAGAGUUUUUUCAACAGACACCAAAAAGAGGGAAAAUAUCUUCACAGUGCCAAACAUGCUUUGCUUGGUCAGAAUAUCACUUGCUCCAGCAAUUUCUUACCUUCUGUUGAACUCUGAGAAUUUGACAGCACUUAUUUUAUUAGGUGUGGCAGGAAUUACUGAUUUGCUUGAUGGGUUCAUUGCACGAAAAUUCAAACAUCAAAGCUCAGUAUUUGGAUCCAUGCUUGAUCCUGCUGCUGACAAAAUUCUUAUGACAAUUGCAACUAUCAGUCUUGCGUGGGUCAACCUCCUCCCAGUUUCCUUGUGUGCUUUAAUUGUGGGACGCGAUAUUGGAAUUAUGUCAGCUGUUGCAUACUUGAGGUAUACCACUGUACCAAAACCACUAACACUUCCAAAGUUUUUUGAUGUGAACCUUCCAACGGUACAAAUGAAACCAACUUUUAUCAGCAAGGUAAAUACUGCUUUGCAGUUGGGUCUUGUUGGCUUAUGUAUGUCUGCCCCUGUUUUUGGAUUCACAGAAAGCUCUUGGCUUCAUGCAUAUUUGUACUUCGUUGGUGCCACUACAGUUUUAUCUGGUUUGAGUUAUGUUGUCAAAGGAAGUCAGACAUUUAGGGUUUUAAAGUGAUAAUAUUGUGAAAGAAAAUUUUGUAUAAUUCAAUGUUUAAAGUAUUUUUCUGAAUUUUUAUUCGUCUA